AUUCAAAUCCUCCUCCCACUGGAGCUGUUUCAGCUGCUCGUCAGAUGUCAGCUAUCACUGGCAUUCAAGAAUUCGUGUUGCACGCGGACAUUGGCGGGCAUUGCACUGGGCGUUGAGGUUUAGGUAAAUGUCAACAUUUUGGUGCAUGUGUCACCGUUUAGAACUGUCAAAUUGUGACUUCAUCGAUUCUCUAUCAGUAACAGUUCAUUCUGAAAACUGAUUCUUUCUUCCAGCUGGCUGUAUCCUUUGGUUAUUAUAUUCCAGGAGAAACUUAUGGAAGAUGAUAGCCCCUGAUGUUGGUUCGAUAAAUCCAGAUGGAGUGCAUGUUCAUGUCAAAAAUGAAAAAGUACCACUCAUUAGGGGAAGAGGAGUAUUUCAAAGACUCGGUGGAAUCUUUAGCUUCAAAAGAUCUCCUCAAGGAACAAGUGAUGGGUAUGUCGAGUUUGGAACAUUGGGACCACAGACUGGACGUACCCUUGGAACUUUUGCUGGUGUAUUCAGCCCUGUUACAUUAUCCAUGUUCAGUGCCUUGGUUUUCAUCCGAAUUGGCUACAUAGUGGGUAAUGCAGGUUUACUGAUAACUUUGACGCAGUUUGUAAUUGCAUAUGGAAUUUUACUUUUCACCGUUGCCUCUGUUUGUGCAAUUUCAACAAAUGGCGCAGUUGAAGGUGGUGGAGCUUAUUUCAUGAUAAGCAGGACACUAGGUCCAGAGUUUGGUGGGUCAAUCGGCACACUGUUUUUUCUGGCAAAUAUCGUUUCAAGCGGGCUGUGCAUAUCCGGAUUUGCGGAAGGCUUGGUUGAGAAUUUCGGGCCAGCUGGUUAUCUGGUAAACGAGGCUGGCCUUCUUCCUGAUGGAAGAUGGUGGAGAUUUCUCUACUGCUCUAUAGUCAACACAGCAAAUUUAUUCAUCUGCCUAAUCGGACCAGCUAUGUUUGCCAAAACUAGCGCAGUGAUAUUAGCAGUCGUUUGCAUUUGCCUCGGCAGCGUAUUUAUCAGCUUCUUCGUACAAAGUGAGCUUGAGGUACCAAUCCCAGCGGCAAACACUCUGGUUCAGAAUGCUACUGAACAUGUAAAUGGAACAUACACAGGUUUAUUGUCAACCACUUUGGCAGAGAACUUAUAUGCAAAUUAUACGGCUGAUUACUCCAGCAAUGGCAAAAUCGCGGACUUUGCCAGCGUAUUUGGUGUGUUGUUCAGUGGUGUUACCGGAAUAAUGGCUGGAGCGAAUAUGAGUGGUGAAUUGAGAAAUCCGGGUAGAAAUAUACCGAGAGGAACGUUAUCUGCCGUUCUUUUCACAUUUGUGUGCUACAUUCUACUGUCUGUAUUAACAGCGGCAACAAGUAGCAGUUUUCUAUUACAGAACAAUUUCAUAUAUCUGAUGCCCGUUAAUAUCUGGCCUCCUUUUGUAGCCAUCGGUAUUUUGACUGCUACAUUCAGCGCGGGUCUCAGCAAUUUAAUUGGCUCUAGCAGAGUCUUAGAAGCAUUGGCAAAGGACAAUGUAUUUGGGUCUGGAUUGAAUUAUGUCAUACAGGGAACUUGGCGCAACAACCCGAUAAGCGCAGUUUUGACAUCCUGGCUCCUAGUACAGAUUAUUCUACUAGUUGGAUCUCUAAAUACCAUAGCGCAGAUAAACUCUGUUUUGUUUUUACUUAGCUAUUUGGCUACAAACUUGGCCUGCUUGGGUCUUGAACUGGCUAGUGCUCCGAAUUUCAGGCCAACUUUCACUUACUUCACUUGGCACACCGCAACGAUAGGGCUCCUAGGUACCCUAGUCAUGAUGUUCGUUAUAAACAGCAUAUAUGCGUCAAGCAGCAUAAUACUUUGCCUGAUUUUGGUGAUUGUUCUGCACUUGUUUUCGCCCAGUAAAAAUGCACCUUGGGGUAGCAUUUCGCAAGCUCUAAUAUUCCAUCAAGUCAGGAAAUAUCUUUUGAUGUUGGAUUCGCGAAAGGACCAUGUGAAAUUCUGGCGACCACAAAUACUAUUGAUGACCGCAUCACCGAGAUCCGCAUGUCCACUGAUAGAGUUUGUAAAUGAUUUGAAAAAGGGGGGACUGUACGUGAUCGGUCACGUGAAAGUCGGAGAUUUUUUUACGCAAAGAUCAGAUUCUACCAUAGAAGAAUAUCCACAUUGGUUGAGUCUUGUCGAUCACAUGAAAGUAAAAGCGUUCAUAGAAAUGACUAUUGCGCCAACUGUUCGCGAGGGACUCCACCAGCUUAUCCGACUAUCAGGUAUGGGUGCGAUGAAACCAAAUACCAUAAUACUCGGAUUUUAUGAUGAGCAAGAGCCGCGGGACUUCUUUCAAAACUCACAAUAUGCUACGACAAUGUUUGAUAGUGUCGUUUCAAUGACAACUAUCAAACUUUUCCCUCUGAGGGAUACCAGCACUGCGAGAACACUGGAUAAAACCCAGUAUGUAAAAAUGUGCCUUGAUGUUCUAAAAAUGAGGAAAAAUCUAUGUCUCUGCAGAAAUUUCCACACUCUAGAUAAAUCGAGCAUUCAUAAGAAUCCUAAUAUCAAGUACAUCGACGUGUGGCCGGUUAACUUUUUCCAACCAACCGAUAGCGAUCCCUUCGAUACAUCGUCGUUAUUCAUGCUUCAGUUGGCUUGCAUUAUAAACAUGGUACCGGUAUGGAAGAAUCUACAUCUCCGAGUGUUCCAUUGCGAGACUUCGCAAAGUGAUUCAAAUUUGAGCAUUGCAGAGAGCUCUGGCUCUACAACAGAUUUCCCAAGGUCGUCAAACGAACCGAAAUUGAGAGCUCUUUUGAACAUGCUUCGUAUUUCUGCGUCGAUAAAUCAAAUCUCUGAUUGGUCAAGGCUAGUUCAAAAGCUGAAACAUAAUUCAACGACGUCCCUAUCUACGGGAAACGAUUACCCACCAACUAUGGGGCAAACUGAUUCUGCCCCAAACAUACCCGAAUCCUAUUUGUUGAGCGUUAACGAGCUUAUUCGGCAAAACUCCGAACACACUGCGGUAGUUUUUAUCUAUCUCUCUCCACCGCCUGAUUCUAACAAUUGGAACGAGGAUACGAUUUAUCCUCAGUAUCUUCAGGCACUAACUACGUUGACGACGAAUUUACCACCGACUAUUUUAGUCCACGGUCUCAACGCUGUUACAUCAACCACAUUAUGAGCACAACUUCAAGGUAUCAGUGAUUUGGCAAUUUAAUGCUUUAGGGAUGAAAAUAAUGAUCGAAGUAAGUGAUGAAUGGAUACCAAUUGUGACUUAUUCAUGCAGUAGAUGGAGAACACUAGCAAAUCGACAAUUUGUAACAUGUAAGAGAAUAAUUACAUAGUUUUGUAAAUCAAUUUUCAUAUCGUAAAUUUACAAAUGAGCGCUAUGAAUAUUGUAGCGUGAAUUCUAAAAAAUAAAUAUAUACAUUUUUACCAA